AUGAGAAGAUCCAGUAAGCGUGACUUGGAUGUAUCAAACUGGAUGAAACAGAAACGAAGCUUAGCUCCUCAUGCCAAGGGUCUGUGGGAUAAUGAACGGGCUCGGAUUGGAGAGUAUCAAUUAAAAAUUUCUUGUCGUCACAUCAAUGCUGUGCUGAAUUAUUGCGGGCUACAAGAACGCAACAUAAAUGCUUUUCAUCCAAGUUAUUUGGUUGCGACAAAUGCGGAUGCCUUUCCCGGGAAAGGGAUUGAAUUACCUGUUCGCCACACCAACAUUACUAGCACCAUUGUACUUCCUUCAACAUUUUACAAGCAAGCCGGGCGUCGUGUUACCCGACGUAUUGCGAAAGGCACAGUAAUGAUUCGGAUUUAG